AUCCCUUGCUCCUCUUCUUCCUAAAUAUUUAAAGUGCCAAGGUGCCUUUACGAAUACGGCACCUCCAGCACUCAAAUAAAUAUUUAUUCUUCAAUAUGGAUUCACUUGCAGCAAACGUCGAAACCAAGUCAUACAAGCUCGGGAAGACAGAUACGAUUAUUUCUAUCUUGAAUGCUCGGAUGGUGUGCUUCUACGAAAACCGUGAUUCUUCCAGCACCUUUAUGCCUAGUGACAAGCUCAAGGAGGGGUUCUCUAGGGCGUUAACCAAGUUCCCUUGGCUACUCGGGCACCUUAAGCAGACGCGCGAUAAGCUGUUGGAGGUCGUGGUCGAUAAAUGCAACCUAAAUAUGCCCAUCUAUCGCGAGACGCAAUCCGAUGUGCACUUUUCUGAUAUCAACUCGGCGGACUACAACCCAGAGACGUGGCCAAGUGACUUAAUCUCCACCGGCAGUACUACCUGCCCAGAAAAGGACACCGGGGUGAUCAAGCUCCUUAAUAUUCAUGUCGUGCGGCUGAAGGAGAACAGUGGGAUGAUAAUCUCGGCAGGCUUUUGCCAUGGCGUUGCAGAUGGUACCAGCUACUUUACGUUUCUCAACCACUGGGCGGAUGAGACACGCACGCUCAUCACUGGUGACCCGCUGGAAGAGGUCGGGUACUGCUUUGAUCCUGCUCUGCUGCUCCAGUAUCUACCCAGUGAGCGCACACCACUCAGUGAGACGACGAAGGAGGUGCUUUCCCUGAACUCGCGCAUAGGUAAUUUCAUUAUGCGACUGUCGCCAACAGCUCGCGGGAAGUUGCUGAAUUUUAUUGACAGCAAGACUCCACUACGUGGCCAUCUCUUCCGCAUCUCGCACAAGGCGCUUGACGAACUACGCAGCCAAGUUCUUGAGUGUAUGCCGCCUGGGUCCCGCGUAUCCGACAAUGACCUUCUGGUUGCCACCGCCUACAAGGUCCACGGACAGGCCGAGCUUGAAGCCGCAAGCAACAGCAAGGGAACAAGAGCCCAAGGGGAGCACGGCUGUUCGAUCAACUGCAACGUCACCGGUAUACUAGGAAUGGGUAAUCUGAACUACGUAGGGAAUCCACUGAUAGGCGUGUACAUUAAGAAUCCAAUGGAUCACGCGCAAGCCCCACUCACUGCCCAGACAAUUGCAGACAUCGCUGGUCAAGUACGGUCAGAAACAUCCAACAUAUCGCCGCCAUAUGUCGCAGAGUACAUGGACACAUUUAAUGCACCAAGCUGCAAACUGGGCACAUUUACUGCUCUAGCUACGCAUUACAAUGUCUUUACCAUCACAUCGAACAUCAGACGCUUAAAGAUGUAUGACGCCGAUUUUGGCAGCGGCGUGCAGGCGUUUACGACGGUUCCCCCCGAUUACGGAGCAGGUGUAUUCAUUUUCAUGCCGUCGCCAUCAGCAAGCAAGGAUAUUAUUGUCAAUGUGUCUGCGUCGCCAGCGGUAAUGGACUGCAUCCUGAAAAACAGGCAUUGGAUGGAGCUUGCAGAGUUUGUUUACUAAGUAAUAUAUAAAUGGAAUGGUCGAG